AUGCCUGAGAGGGGUUAUAAGUUAUUAAUGGCGUUGUCAUCACAAAGGAAACAAUCAUUUGGUGAAACUGUCAGCAGAAAAACUAUGUGUCGAUCACGCAUGGUCACCAGAACCAUGGCCUUGCAGGAGGAGCAGGACUGGCCAGUCCCAAUGAAGGCAAUUGGAGCACAAAACCUUUUGACAAUGCCUGGAGGAGUGACCAAAUCAGGGUAUCUUCAUAAAAAAGGAGGCACCCAGCUGCAGAUCUUGAAGUGGCCGUUGAGAUUUGUGAUUAUCCAUGAGGGAUGUAUUUACUAUUUUAAGAGCAGCACAUCUGCAUCUCCACAGGGUGCAUUUUCUUUGAAUGGCUAUAACAGGGUUAUGCGGGCAGCUGAGGAGACAACAUCAAGCAAUGUGUUUCCUUUCAAGUUAGUUCACAUUAGCAAGAAGCACAGGACAUGGUUUUUUUCAGCUUCUUCUGAAGAAGAAAGAAAGAAUUGGAUGCUAUCUUUGAGGAGCGAAAUUGAUCACUACCAUGAGAAGAAAGAAACAAUAAUGGAAUUCAGUGACUCUGGUUCUGAUGCAGACAGUUUCUAUGGCUCAGUAGAACGUCCCAUUGCUAUUAAGUAUUCUCAUCAUUCAGCUGAAAAUGAAGAUUACGAUCAAGAGGAAGAGGAUGAGUCUUACUUGCAGCCAGAUACUUCUGACAUAGCGAGAGAUGAUAUGGUCCUGCCCCCAGCCUACCCACCUCCACCAGUUCCUCAUGUCAGAAAAACUGCCUACUCAGAAUCAAGGGCAAACUCCUUUGCAGGCAAACCUGCUGUGCCAAUACCACCACCGCCUCCAAAAAGAAGCUUACCUGAUAUCAAACUAGAGGAUCACUUAAACAUGAGAGAGCCCCAGUUACAGCUGCGAGCCGAACCUAAUCUAAAGAUUCAAUCCUCAAGCCGGAGACUAAGUGAACAGCCGCCCCCUGUGCCCCCUCUACCUCUUUUCAAAAAGCCUGUGGGUGUCAAAGAAUCCUCCUUACUGCCUCCAGAGCCUCUGCCUCUAGCUCAAGUUCUCACUACUCCAGAAGGAUGUGAGAAGCUAAAAACUUUAAACCUUUCACCGCGAACUCCUCCUCCACUACCAAGCAAUAAACCCAAGCUGUUGCAGCUUACGGAAAAAACAGUAGAGCCCAAAGUGCCAAGAGAACAUGGUAAACCUGGACUUUUUGUGCCACCAGUGCUCCCAAAGCCACCUGUGCCAAGCCACCAGGCCCCUGCAAUCAAGCCUAGACCAGAGAAGUCCUCAUGUCCCCAGUUACAGAGAUCACCACCAGAUGGACAGAGUUUUAGAAGCUUCACGUUUGAAAAACCAGCACUACCCUCCAAGCCAAAUCAAACUGAUGAUGAUUCCGAUGAUGAUUACGAAAAAGUUGGGCUGCCUGCUUCAGUAUAUCUUAAUACCUCUGAAUCCUUCGAAGUUGAAAGGACAUUUAAAGCUAGUAGCCCACGGGGACAACCACAAAAUGGAUUGUACUGUAUUAGGAACUCAUCUACAAAGCCUGGAAAGGUAUUGGUUGUAUGGGAUGAAUCUGCAGAAAAAGUGAGAAACUACAGAAUCUUUGAAAAGGAUUGCAAGUUUUACCUGGAUUCAGACAUCAUGUUUUUGAAUAUGGGAAGUUUGGUUGAAUACUAUAGCACUCAUGUCUUACCUAGUCAUGACAGUCUGAUUCUUCGGUGUCCUUACGGAUAUUCUAAACCAAGGUGA